CUUGCCCGAGGGUUUGAGAGCCGAGUGACUGUCAUCCCUCUCGCGGGUUCAUAUGUGGACGCGUGCGCUGAUUUUUCCUGCUCCACAGCAGAUCUGUGCGCUCGGAGGUGUAUUUCAGGAGCACCGGCUCUCUCUUCUACCGGACCGGACACCCGUGACCAUGGCAGACACCUACUAAAGCCAUCACGGAGAGAUACGCGUUUGUACCGACUAUGGCUGUAGACGCUGCGUCCAGCUUCAGCUUCUGUCGGGCUGCGCUGGAGCACACGGUCUCAGCAGAGGAGCUCAACUAUCAGCUGCCAUGUAGGGUCGGGGGCAACCUGACCUGGCAUGAAGGACGCGGCCAGAGGGUGACGAGGAGGACCGUCAAACUGCUGCAGCAGCCCGGCACAGAAGAUAUACAGAUUCAGCCGGGAGAGGCCUUCACUGUGUACCACACCAGCCCCACGCUCUCCAGCUUAUGCAAACCAGUGGUGCUUUGGACCCAGCAGGAUGUGUGUAAGUGGCUGAAGAAACACUGUCCGCACAACUACCUGACAUACGUGGAGGCCUUCUCUCACCACGCCAUCACAGGUCGUGCCCUGUUGCGGUUGAAUGGAGAGAAGCUGGAGAGGAUGGGUAUAAUCCAAGAGACUCUGAGACAGGAAGUCCUGCAGCAGGUCCUACAGCUACAGGUCAGAGAGGAAGUGCGUAACCUACAGCUGCUCAGCAGAGCUUCCUUCGGCAACAUAUCUUAGCUCGUCUAUCCUUUUGGCAGCUCUCUCGACUUCCUGGCAGACACGGGAGGCCUUGUUCCAAAGUGCUACAGACAGAAAGAGAGCGAGAGAAUCUGCCUGGAGGUGGAGCUGUGGACUGUUAACUCAACAC